UUUGCUACGUCAUCACUGUCUCUCAUGUUAUGCUUAUAUGCCUUGCAUUAUUUUGUUAUUGCGUUAACUCAGCGUUGCUGGUAUUAAUAUGCUUAUGAGUUACAGUAUAGUACUUUUAGAAUGUUGAUACUGUUCAACCUAAGAGUAUGACAGAUGAGCGCACGCCUUUGCUUCUGUCUCGACAGGAAAGUUACUCAAGUUUAACAGCAGCGCCUGUGGCAUCGGAAAAUACAGUACGAGUAAAGGAGACUUUUACGACUCGACGGAACAUCAACUUGUUUAGUGGUGUGUUUGUAGCGGCUGGCAUUGUUAUUGGAUCUGGUAUAUUUGUUACUCCAAAUGGCGUCUUGGUUGCUGCCAACAAAAGUGUGGGCGUCACGUUGAUUAUUUGGGUAGUUGGUGGACUGAUUGCUAUGCUUUCAACACUGUGCUACUGUGAACUUGCAACUUCGAUACCAGAGUCGGGCAGCGAUUACACUUACCUGACAUACGCGUAUCAUCCAGCAUUGGCAUUUCUUAUACCGUGGAUGUACACGUGUGUACCAAGUGCAGAUGCAGCACUUGUUCUUACUUUUGCUCGCUACGCUACAGAGCCUUUCUUUGUUGGUUCAAACUCAAAGCCACCAGAAGAAAGCGUAAAACUUGUCGCAACCUGCUUGGUGUUGUUGUUUACUGCAAUCAAUGUGUUUAACGUCAAGUUGGCAAUCCGGGUCCAGGUUGUGCUUGCAUGGUCAAAGUUAGCUGCCAUUGCUGUUGUUGUUAUUAGUGGCCUGAUCUUCUGCGCCAAGGACGCUUCGAUUGCAAGAGAAAAUUUCUUGGGAGCAUUUGAUAAAAAGGCAUUGGAAGGUAUUACGAUUCUUACAUUAUCAAGGUCGUUUUAUCAGGUCAUGUUCGCAUAUGAUGGUUGGAACACUCUUUGUAAUGUAACGGAAGAGAUAGAAAACCCGGAAAAAACGAUCCCCAAAGCCUCUGUCCUCAGUAUAUGUGUCAUCACUUUGGCUUACCUAAUUAUCAACUGCGCAUACUUCCUAGUUUUAUCAGUUGAUGAAAUGGCAUCUUCUAAAGUCGUUGCAUUACCAUUCGCAUUGAAAGCGAUGGGAGGAGCAUCGUGGAUAGUUUACCUCACAGUUUGUCUGUGCACUGCCGGAUCUUACAAUGGUGGAAUUCUAACUUCUGGUAGAUUGUCUUACGUGGCAGCAAGACGUGGCCACUUGCCGCAGGUAUUUGGCAUGUUGCAUAUUAACAACUACACUCCGGGUCCUGCCCUGGUUCUAAAUACGAUCGGUUGUAUUGUCCUCAUAGCCCUUGGAGAGUUUAACGUUUUGAUCGAUGUGUUUGGAUUUAUCACUUGGACGUUCAUUGGAUUGAGCUCUCUUGCAGUAAUAAUCUUACGAAAGCGUAGACCUGAAUUCGAUCGUCCUUUUAAGGUUCCGACGAUCAUUCCAGCUUUCAUGACAUUAAUUUCUUUGUUGUUUGUUAUUCUACCUCUGAUAAGCGAACUUCACUUUCUUUAUAUUUAUGCAAUAGCUUUCUUUGCUCUUGGACUCUUCUUUUAUUUUAUUUUUGUCCACAAAAGAUACAGAAGUUCAUGUUGCGGGCAAGUGACCGUAUUUUUGCAGAAACUCUUCCAAGUUGCACCUUCAGAUUGGAAAAAAGCAGAAUAAAUUACAUAACCUACACUAAAAAUAUAGUUGAAAACCAAUUCAAUUUUUUUUUUUUUCAAAAUAAUAAAAGUUUUUAAGGUUUCAAAAAAA